AUGGCCAACUACCAAGGAAACCCAAUGGCGGGCAACAAUAUGGCUGGCCCAGCACUCCAAGCCCCAGCACCGAAUCCGAAAGAGAUGAAUAGGCAGAUGAUAAUGCGAAGAACCCGGCUGGAAGCUGCACGAAUCAGGGGAGACCUCAUUGUAAAGGCGCAAGAUGGCAGCACCAUCGUAGCGCAGCCUUUGGGUCAGUUUAAUCCAAUGCACACAGUCAGGAGCCCGUACGCUGGAAGACAAUACAUGGACGACAUCCACCAGGAGAUAGCGCAACAACAGUACGGUCCCGACGGAAACCGAAUGGCCAAGGGCUACGGCAUCACCCUCAAGAGGAUCUUGGCCGCUGGCGGCUUUGGCAUCGCUGCUCUUGUCGAACACAGGGGCAACCGCAACGUGAGGACGGAUUGUGUGAUGAAGAUUGAAAAGACCCGCCCUGCCGCCUCGUAUGACUCGAUCAAGCUGGAGCAGAAGGCUCUCAACAAAUUCAAGGGGGCCAAGCACAUUGUCCAAAUCCUUGACUUUACGAAAGAAAUCAACGACAAGAGAGACGCCGAAAACGAGGGUAAGAGACCAUACGUGCCCAGAUCGAGUACAGAGGCUCGGGACAAAAAUUGGGACAUCAAAGUCCAGCGGGAACGCAGCUUCAUCUUGAUGGAGUAUGCCAACGGAAAGAGUCUUCACACAUGGCUGAACAAGUCUAGUCGAUCUGGCAGACCUUGGCCUAAUAAGGCUCUCUGGCUUUUGUUCAAGUGCCUCAUCAAGGGGCUUAUUGGAAUUGGAUAUCCCCCAAAGGAGAACUAUGGACGGGAUCACCCUGACUGGGAUCCCAACAAUUCCGUUGAAGAGUCCAUCCCCGACACCAAGAAGCCCCAGCAAACUGUUCAUUUUGAUCUGGACCCCAAGAACAUCCUAGUGAGCUUAGAGCCACACGGUCCUAUGCCGCUCUUCAAGAUCUCGGACUUUGGCUGUGCCAAGUUCUUUGACGAAGCUAAUCAAAAGCCGAAUGAAUUCACGUCUUGGGACUCACUCCGGCCCUUCAACGACGGCGGAUCCAACAUGUUCCUCGAAGCCAAUAAGCCAUCAAUUGCCGGCAACUACGGUAUGCCCUCCAACAUCUACCAGGUUGGAGUCAUCGAUCCCGUCGUCGGGUGGAAAGUCGGCGGAGAAGUGACGUACGGAAGCGCCCUCGGAGAUCCAAGAUUCAGUCACAUCGACGGCAACCUCAGAAAGACCGUCUCGAUGUGUCUGGUGGAAGACCCCGCGGCCCGGCCGACUCUGAUCCACCUCGAUGGCAUUAUUGAUUUUCGACUCCAAAGUCAGAAUGGCCUGGAGCCGGACGACCACGUCGCGAGAUGGGCCACCCAGUUCUUCAGCAGCCCGCGCGUCCCCGGUGACGGCCCACCGCCGCAGCCGCAGCCGCCCCAGACGAAGAACGGGGAAGAGUAUGACACCGACGACGACGACGAGGAGCCCGUUCGCACUGGCGACAAGAGAAAGCGGACGGGAAAGGAUGGCAACCCCCAGCAGCGGGGUACCGUCUUGCGCCUGAAGACCGUCCACAACCCGGCCCCGGGAACGAUCCAGCAAGGCGGUCAGCAGCAGCGGCAGCAGCAGCAGCAGCAGCAACCGCAACACCAGCAGAUGACUAUGAACCAGAUUCAUCCAGGCACGAUGUAUCCCAUGCCUCAGAGACAAGAAGGAUUCGACUUCACCCGCGAUAGACAGCGGCCGCCGCCCCAGCAGAUGAUCAUCGACGCCUUCCGCGACGUCGAGCUGUAUGACGCAACACCCAUCGAGAAGAAGGAUCCUCCCCAGACCUUCAGCCGCAUGCGCUAUCCUCGGACUCGUGGGCUGGAGCCAGCACCACUGCUGCCAGUACUACAGCAAGAAGUGCCACUGCAGCAGCCGGAAGGUCAACAGCAGCUGGGAGGUCAACAGCAGCCGGCAGGUCAACAACCAGGAGGACAAGGACAUCAGCGGGGCCCGAGUCUCAACCCGGCCGCAGCAGCUUUCCAGCCGAACGGGCAAUUCGCGAACCCCCGCAACGGUUUGCCUAUUCAGGGCCAGCCUCAGCAGCAAUGGCAACCUCCUAACCCGAAUCCUCCUCCGGUUUUCGUCCCCCCUCCCGGACUGCCUCUUCCCAUCCCUGGGCUUCCUGUCCCCCCUCCAGGGCUGCCUCUUCCUCCACAGUGGCAGCCCUACGUGAACCCCUUCCCGGCUCCAAUGCCGCAGCAGCAGCAGCCACAACGACCAUGGCAGCCCAUGAACCCGAACCAGAACUACAAUCAGAAUCAGAACCAGUUCCAGCCCCAACAACCUCAGCAACCUCAGCAACCUCAGCAACCCCAGUCACCGCAUUGGAGACCCAACAACAGCAACACAGACGCCUUUGCUCCUCUGCCUUACCAGCAGCAGCAACGCGGCCGAUACCUAUCUCCCUGCCCUCCCGUACAAGCACCGCCGCAGCACUGGAUGCCCGGCCAGAGAAAAGGGUUAGUACCGCCGAUCCCCAAGACUGACAACGAACCAGGGCAGCAACAGCAGCCUCCCCAGGAUGAGAAGAGCUAUCGUCAGAAAAUGACUGAGAAGUACAACUACGACCCGUACCCCGAUGUUGCAUCUGAUGAUUUGGAGAUGCAUCUUGGUCCGUUUGAAGACUUGGUAGUACCCUCCUCUGGUGCAGGGCGAUAG